AUGAUUCAGAAAACUAACAAAUUAGUUAAUGUCAAGCAUGCAGGCAAGAAAUAUGAGGUGGACAUUGAUCCCAGUGAUAAUGGUCUCACUUUUAAGAUGCAGUUAUUUUCGCUGACGGGCGUGCCUCCUGACAGACAGAAGAUUCUCGUGAAGGGCGGUCAGCUGAAAGACGAUGCUGAAUUGUCAAGUUUGAAUAUCAAGCCUAAUCACACGUUUAUGAUGCUGGGUACUGUUGGAGAAUUGAAAGCUCCUGAGAAGAAAAUGGUUUUUGCUGAAGAUAUGACGGACCGUCAGCUCGUACAGUCCGGCAUGGUCAAGACACCUAAUGGAUUGGUUAACAUGGGUAACACGUGUUAUGCCAAUUCCUCUUUACAGGCAUUGAGAACGGUUCCCGAACUACAAACUGCCUUGAACACUUAUAAGGGAGGAAUCAUUAAUAACCCCCAGGCACCGGAUAUGGCUGGUGCUUUGAGAGAUUUGUAUCUUAGUAUGAAAGGCACUACCCAGGCAUACUACCCAGUAGGAUUCAUCACUAUGUUCAGAAAAGCAUUCCCUCAAUUCGACGAGCGAGAUAAUGAAGGUGGUUAUAAACAGCAAGAUGCCGAAGAGGCCUGGUCGCAACUGCUCAACACUCUGAGGCCCAAACUCGAGCUCGAACCUGCUGCGUCGUCUUCAGCAGUUGCUGGUACUGAAAGUGCUAGUAACAACGCAAACUCGAGUUUUGUGGAUCAGUAUUUCGGUGGAUCGUUUGAAACGGUUUUAAAGUGUAAUGAGGAUGGGUCGACUGACGAGCCACGACCUGGUCAUGAGACGUUUCUCAAGCUGGAUUGUCAUAUCACUAUUUCGACCAAUUUCUUGAGAGACGGAUUAUUGGCCGGUUUGGAGGAGAAGAUCGAGAAACACAGCGAUUCGCUGGGCCGCAACGCUCAAUUUACCCUGUCCCGUAAGAUCUCGCGACUGCCAAAGUACCUGACUGUGCAUUACAUUCGAUUUUUCUGGCGUAGAGAUACUCAAAAGAAGAGUAAAAUUCUCAGAAAAGUGGCGUUCCCAUUCACUCUGGAUGUGACGGAGUUUUUAUCUGACGAUCUUAGAAAGAAGGUUGUUCCUGCUCGUGACCGGUUCCGCGAGGUUCAAAAGGAUCAAGAGGAGCUUCGUCGUAGUGCCAAGCGUGCCAGACUUGGCGGCGAGGGUUCAAAAGCUUCAGAGACUGACGAUGUCAAGGAAGAUGGAACCAUUUCCGAUUCCCGUUUGGCUGAGUUUAAAAACCAGGUUUCACAGGCUGUUGACCCCGAUCUCGCUAAAGAUCCCGGUACCAAUCCCUUUGGUCUGUACGAGCUGUCGGCUAUUGUGACCCAUGGUGGUUCAAGUGCCGACUCGGGCCAUUACCAAGCUUUCACUCGCAACGAUAAAGAGCCCGGCAAAUGGUGGAAGUUCAACGACGACAAAGUGACUGAGGUCGACGAGGCCAAAAUUGAGACUCUGGCCGGUGGUGGCGAGUCCGACUCGGCUCUUAUCCUCUUGUACCGUGCUGUAUCCCUGUAG